ACAUUUCUCCUGUGAAAGAGUUUCUGCAUACAACCGGAUUUGGAGUGACCCUGCUGAUUUAGUAAAAUGACGGAGACGGCGAAGGGAAUGCCGGCACAGGCGGAGAAGAAGAAAGAGCAGAGUCUGCCGUUCUAUCAGUUGUUUUUAUUUGCAGAUAAGUUUGACUACCUUCUUAUGAUCUUAGGUAGCAUUGGUGCCAUCAUUCACGGAUCUUCUAUGCCUUUCUUCUUCCUGUUAUUCGGUCAAAUGGUUAAUGGAUUCGGCAAAAACCAAUCGGAUUUGAGUACGAUGACUCAUGAAGUCUCUAAGUAUGCUUUGUAUUUCGUCUAUCUUGGACUGGUCGUUUGCGUAUCAUCAUAUGCAGAGAUUGGGUGUUGGAUGUACACUGGAGAAAGGCAAGUGAGCGCGUUGAGAAAGAGGUAUUUGGAAGCAGUUCUGAAACAGGACGUCGGAUUUUACGAUACAGAUGCGAGAACAGGGGAUAUCGUUUUUGGUGUUUCAACCGACACUCUCCUUGUCCAAGAUGCCAUAAGCGAGAAGGUGGGAAACUUUAUCCAUUAUCUUUCGACAUUUUUGGCUGGAUUGGUGGUUGGUUUCGUCUCAGCGUGGAAGCUAGCUUUGCUGAGUAUUGCAGUUAUUCCAGGAAUUGCAUUUGCCGGGGGCUUAUAUGCAUAUACUCUCACAGGUCUCACUUCCAAAAGCCGUGAAUCCUAUGCCAAUGCUGGAAUCAUCGCCGAGGAGGCUAUUGCACAAGUUAGGACAGUGUACUCGUAUGUUGGCGAGACAAAGGCCCUCAAUUCAUAUUCCGAUGCAAUACAGCACACCCUCAAGCUUGGUUACAAGGCCGGAAUGGCAAAGGGAUUGGGGCUAGGAUGUACCUAUGGAAUAGCUUGCAUGUCCUGGGCACUUGUUUUCUGGUAUGCAGGUGUGUUUAUUAGGAAUGGACAGACCGAUGGUGGAAGAGCAUUUACGGCCAUUUUCUCUGCCAUUGUUGGCGGCAUGAGUUUAGGCCAGUCAUUUUCAAAUCUUGGAGCAUUUAGCAAAGGCAAAGCAGCUGGAUACAAGUUGCUAGAAAUUAUAAAGCAAAAACCCACUAUAGUUCAGAACUCUGCAGAUGGGAAGUGUUUAACUGAGGUCAAUGGAAAUAUUGAGUUCAAGGAAGUAACCUUCAGUUACCCUUCACGACCAGAUGUCAUUAUCUUUAGAGAUUUCUCUAUUUUCUUCCCGGCCGGAAAGACAGUUGCAGUAGUUGGUGGUAGUGGAUCUGGGAAAAGCACUGUUGUUUCCUUAAUAGAAAGGUUUUAUGACCCUAAUCAAGGUCAAAUACUGCUAGAUAAUGUGGACAUAAAGACACUGCAGCUUCGAUGGUUGCGUGAUCAGAUUGGUCUUGUGAAUCAAGAACCUGCACUCUUCGCCACCACUAUACUUGAAAACAUACUUUACGGAAAACCUGAUGCAACUAUGGCUCAAGUGGAAGCUGCUACAUCUGUAGCCAAUGCUCAUAGCUUCAUUACCUUGCUUCCUAGUGGCUAUAACACUCAGGUUGGGGAAAGAGGAGUCCAGCUCUCUGGUGGUCAGAAACAGAGAAUUGCAAUAGCUAGAGCAAUGUUGAAGAACCCAAAGAUCUUGCUCCUUGAUGAGGCAACCAGUGCCCUUGAUUCGGGUUCUGAGAGCAUUGUGCAAGAAGCUCUUGACCGUCUAAUGGUCGGAAGGACGACUGUUGUUGUCGCACAUCGUCUCUCUACCAUAAGAAAUGUUGAUUCAAUAGCAGUCAUUCAACAAGGACAAGUUGUCGAGAUGGGAACCCAUGAAGAACUAAUUUCAAAAUGCGGGGCCUAUGCUUCCUUAAUUAGGUUUCAAGAAAUGGCGGGAAACAGAGAUUUCUCAAAUCCUUCGACCCAUCGCACACGUUCAACACGACUUAGUCAUUCAUUAUCAACAAAGUCUCUCAGCCUCAGGUCCGGAAGCUUAAGAAAUCUAAGCUAUCAAUACAGCACUGGUGCAGAUGGUCGUAUCGAAAUGAUCUCCAAUGCAGAAACAGAUAGGAAGAAUCCAGCACCAAGUGGAUACUUUUUCCGCCUUCUGAAGAUGAAUGCUCCAGAAUGGCCUUAUUCUAUAAUGGGUGCUGUAGGAUCGAUUCUUUCUGGAUUUAUCGGUCCAACAUUCGCAAUCGUGAUGAGCAAUAUGAUUGAGGUCUUUUACUACACUAACCCUGCUAGAAUGGAGAGUAAGAUCAAAGAGUGUGUUUUCAUCUACGUUGGAGCCGGUCUGUAUGCUGUAGUAGCGUAUCUUAUCCAGCAUUACUUCUUUAGCAUUAUGGGAGAGAAUCUUACUACAAGAGUAAGAAGGAUGAUGCUUGCAGCAAUCUUGAGGAAUGAAGUUGGAUGGUUCGAUGAGGAGGAUCAUAACUCUAGUCUAGUUGCAGCCCGACUAGCAACAGAUGCUGCGGAUGUGAAAUCUGCCCUCGCCGAGAGGAUCUCGGUUAUAUUGCAGAACAUGACAUCUCUCCUCACUUCAUUUGUAGUUGCAUUUAUAGUGGAAUGGAGGGUCUCACUUCUCAUCCUCGGCACCUUCCCUCUUCUUGUCCUGGCUCAUUUUGCUCAGCAACUUUCUCUCAAAGGUUUUGCUGGAGACACCGCGAAGGCACAUGCCAAGACUAGCAUGAUUGCAGGGGAAGGAGUGAGCAACAUUCGAACCAUUGCAGCUUUCAAUGCCCAAGACAAGAUCCUAUCGUUAUUCUCCGACGAACUUCGUGUCCCCCAAAAGCAAAGCCUUCGCCGCAGUCAGUUUUCCGGCAUACUUUUUGGUAUCUCCCAACUUGCUCUCUUUGCUUCCGAAGCUCUAAUCCUCUGGUACGGGGCCCAUCUCGUUAGCCAAGGUGUCUCCACCUUCUCUAAAGUCAUCAAAGUGUUUGUGGUCUUGGUCAUUACCGCCAACUCUGUAGCUGAAACUGUCAGCCUUGCUCCCGAGAUUAUCAGAGGUGGUGAAGCCAUUGGGUCUGUGUUUUCGGUUCUCGAUAGAUCAACUCGAAUUGACCCAGACGAUCCUGAUGCCGAGACAGUCGAAACAGUUAGAGGCGAGAUUGAGCUACGUCACGUUGACUUUUCAUACCCUUCAAGACCCGAUGUGAUCGUAUUCAAGGACCUUAGUCUUAGAAUCCGGGCAGGCCAGAGCCAAGCCCUCGUGGGCGCCAGUGGUUGUGGCAAAAGUUCCAUAAUCGCCUUAAUCGAGCGAUUCUACGACCCGACUGCUGGAAAAGUGAUGAUCGAUGGGAAAGACAUCCGACGGUUAAAUCUAAGAUCCCUUCGUGCCAAAAUCGGAUUGGUGCAACAAGAACCCGCCCUAUUCGCAGCUAACAUUAUGGAGAACAUCGGUUACGGAAAAGAUGGAGCCACCGAGGCCGAAAUUAUAGAAGCAGCCCGUGCCGCAAAUGUUCAUGCAUUCGUUAGCGGUUUGCCUCAAGGGUAUAAAACAGCAGUAGGCGAGAGAGGAGUUCAACUAUCGGGAGGCCAAAAACAAAGGAUUGCAAUAGCCAGGGCCGUUCUGAAAGACCCAGCAAUAUUGCUACUAGAUGAGGCCACCAGUGCUCUAGAUGCGGAAUCUGAAUGUGUGCUUCAAGAAGCACUUGAAAGGCUGAUGAGAGGGCGAACGACGGUUUUGGUGGCCCACCGGUUAUCGACGAUCCGAGGUGUGGAUAAUAUUGGGGUGGUCCAAGAUGGUCGAAUCGUGGAACAGGGUAGCCAUGGGGAAUUAGUUAGCCGAGGAGGCGAUGGGGCAUACUGUAGGUUGUUGCAGCUACAGCAACAUCGCAUAUGAUAAUGAUGUAAAACGAAAGAAAUAACCCCUGGGCCUUGUUAUAUUGUGUAUGUAUGUUGUAAUGGUGGUAUGGGUUUGGUAAUUAAAUUAUGUCUUUCCUCUAAUUAAUUUAGUU